UUUGCCAAUCUGUUUGUGUUGCGCUGUAAUUUCACAUAAAACUUGAGAAGUUUGAGCAUUUUUCUAAAAAGGGUCCCUAAUCCCUAUAAUAUUAACAUAAUAGGUACCAAAGUAGGUACCUCAAACCAUGGCGUCUCGUAAAAUAGAGGAUGUCCACAAGUUACUACUAGAUAAGCUAUUAUCAGAUUCAGGGUUGGAAUGUCCCAGAUCAGCCCCGGAAUCCGUUGAGUCUUCUACAUUAUCGGUGGAGAUUGAAGAACAAGGUCCAUACCAAGAAGAACAAGAACAAAUAAAAGAAGAUUUAAUAGAAGAGGAGACGCUAGCACCAAUCACAGAAGAACCUCUGCAGGAGCAACCAGAAAUAUUCCCAACUCCAUCACUAAGGAGACUGGUACCUGAUAGAAUCCGCAAAUAUGAGGAGCACAACAGAAUCCAUGUACUUCCUGAAGAGUUCAGAACUGAUAUAGAUCCAGAUUUGAUACCUAAAAUUGCGUCCACAGCGCAACAGAAGUAUAUAGAUAUGUUAGGAGAAUUGACUGGUUGUGUUAUGUAUAAGCAAAGCUUGGCGGAGUAUUGGUUUUUGGAUACAUUGGCUAACUUAUUACGACGGGCGCAGGAGGAUGAUAUGAGUCGAUCUUCGCAGGCAAUGCUGGUACAAUGGUUCUGUGAGUGGAUGAAAGAGAUGCAACACUUCGACGCGGCUGACCGGGAGCGGAUGCUGAAACGGUUUAAGGACAACAUGCUAUCCGCAGCAAGAUACAUAGCAGAGGAACAAAUGCUCCCAACUCCUCAAGCAGCCGACGUGCACUACAAGGCACAAGAGCCUGUUGGAGGGUCCUCAUAUCCUGCACGAGACCUUGAGUCGAAGCAUCUCGUCACGUUCGAGGGCGCCGCUUACGAGUGCUCCUUGAGAGACCUGACCAGCAUCAUCCAUUAUAUAUUUGACUUGUUCAGCACAGACUACCAGUUCAACCUCGUCCGAGCUAUCUUCACGUCCUCUCCAGGAUACACGUUAAUAGACAUCCCGUUUCAACUUUGCAACCCGAAGAGGCUAUUCGUACCGCUAAAACUGAAGCCCAGGAAGGAGCCGAAGAAAGAGAAACCAGCUAAAGGAAAGAAGAAGGAAGUUUACACUGAAGAGUAUUUGGCACUUUUAGAGCUCCGUGCAAGAGACGAGAGAGAGCAGAACGAACGCGAAGACAGAGAUCAAGAAGAGUGGCACCGUCGGAACCACAUCCUGCCGCUUCAGCUGGCGGCUGGUGAAGAGCUGUUCAACAAGUACUGGCCUCCGCCCACACCAGAGCCUGAGCCUGAACCGGAACCAGAGAACAAGGGAAGGGGGAAGGGAAAAGGGAAGGGCAAAAAGUAAAAA